CGCGCCGCACGCACGCCGGUUCUCGCGACGAUCGAAACUUUGUUGUGUAGUGAAGAUGGUGUUGACCGACUUUCUGACGGAGACACGAAGGAGGUGGUUGAAGGCUUUCAAGCUAUUCAAACGGAGCAAAAGCCGCAAGAGCGCCCGCAAUCGCAUCUCGCCCCUCGUGCGCUCACCAUCUUACUCUGGCACUGUCGACGCUCGCUCCGAGAUCGACAUCCAACGCUACUGCCCUUGCAGAGCCUCCUUGCCACCCCUCCACAUCCCAAGCGAAAGCAUCGAUGGAUACAGCAGCUGCAAUAGUUACGACAGCUCACGAAACGAAAGUUUACGCAGCUACGAAUGUGGAUACAACUGCGCGCGUUCAGACUCAGCUUAUGAAUCCGCCAGAAGCAGCCCAGCUAGAGCACCGGUCUGCUAUGCCACAGUCACAUAUUUUAACGUUAACGACAGCGAGGAUAGCAGCAGUAUCAGAACAGAAUACACACUAUUAGAUUAUGAUGCGGAGGACAGAGAAAUGGAAGGAACGGAGGAGAGAGCGCAGAAUCUUAUCAACGAAAGCUUGGAGCUAGUUAGCACUUUAUGAAUUGGUUUUAGCUAAGGUAGAUUUUGUAUGAUAUUAUAGUGUUUUGUUUUGGAUUAGCUUUAAAAUAGUUUUAACUGUGGUGUGCUCUUGAUAAAUAAAUAAAAAAGUAAUUUUCAACGAAAUGUACUGCAAUGGACUUUAAAAUAAACAUAUGAAAUAUGAACACAAUCUAAGGCUUUAAAGUAAACACGCCACGGUCAACUAACAUUAUAUCAAAGAAACAAAUUAAUUAGUUGUAUUUGACUGUUUUGUGUAGGUAGAUAUAAAUUAAUGUCUGCACAUUAAGUUAUUAUUAGUAACAAUAGAGAAGCCAUACCAAACAAUGAAAUUGUCGCAAUCGCAACCUGUACCACGAGACCAAAACGUCGUAAGCGCCGUAAAAUUCAUGGCGCUUACGCGUUUAGGUCGCGAGACUCACACUCCGCUUCUAUAGUUUGAUGUCAAAACAACAUCAACUCAUGGCGCAAAAUACUGGUUCUGUGUGCCGGUUCUAUACGUUAGUAAUAAUAGUUUAAUGUGUCUGCGUAACAAUAGUACAUUUCGAUGCUAGUGCGGAAAGUAUGUCAUUACUUAAGUAUGUCAUGACAUAUCCGCACGUGUAUCGAACGACGUUUUUUAAUACAGCUGCGAAAAAAUAAGAAAAGCAAUAAGUAUUAAGGAAUGGAAUUCGAAACUUUUUAUAUUAUUAAUUCUGUGACAUCAUUGACAUUAUGAAGAGGUAUUUUUCUAGCUUUAUUCGACUAGAAUAGAUUUUGUUAUUAUUAUUGAACCCAAUUCAAUGAAAGUUUUUUUUUUUCAAAUGCAUGUUCUAUAAGACAGAAACAAUUGUAAAUAUUAAAACAUUGUACUAUGAUUACCUAAAUAUCGUUAUUUACGAUUAUUUGUGUAUCGUAUAUUUAUAAAAACAAUAUCGAAUGUUGCCUUUGGAAACUUAAAACAUUCUUGCAGUAAGAAAAUACGCCUCUUCUUUGACAGGCGUUCCGUUCCAUUCAGACAAAUUAUUAAGAACGGUUUUUCAACAUUAAAAAAUAAACGUGUUAUAAUACUUAUAAUGAUGAAGAGGUAAGUAAUAAAAUAUGAAAUAUGCAUAUUUUUCGUAUUCUUACAUUAACAGUAGGUUUUUAUGUUGAUUACGACGUUUAAAGGAAACUAAUAAAUAUAUAAACUAUAAAUAUAUAAAUAAAUAUAUAAAUAUAUAAUAAAUAAACUAACACUCAUUAAUAAGUAGUCAUGAAUUGGAACAAGUAUAAAUUAAAAAAAAAUGGAAAAGUAAAAAGCACUAGUUCGCUAAAACCAACUUUCCGCACGCUAAACAGCCACGAAAAGUAGCACUUUUUGAGCAACUGUAUUAAAAAAUAAUGUAUAUAAUCAGCCUCUGACGAAAUUAAAAAAUAUAUAGUUAAAAGUUCACUGGGAAAUUUUGGACUAUUAUCUUGUAUGGCUUGGCCUGAGGAGGCUAGGAACUCUAAAUAAUGAAUAAAGAAAAUUUUAAUUUGUUAGCUGAUUGUAUAUUGCGUCUACCAAAGUUUGUGUGAUAUCAUAAAAUAUAAUUAUAUGUUAGUUAGUAUAAAUGACGUCGACCAGCUUGCCGUUCAAUACCAUAUCAUAAAUAAUAAUGAUCAUAAAAUUCUACAUUAUUUUAUACAAAAAACCGACAAUACCAGAGCAUUCUGCUGGGGUAUAAUUAAAUAUGUUUUACGAAAUUUGAUAUUUUAAUAUUUAAUUCAUGGAAUGCUUUUUCACCAAAUACAAAUAAUUUUAUACAAUGUUAUCCGAGUAUUUAAAGUUUAUUCGUAAGUUUAAAACAUUCCAAAUCUGAAUAUUAUUAGGAUUUUGAUACACGACUGAGCAGUGCAGUCAUUGUUAAUAAGUAAGUAAUUUUAUAUAUUACGUAUAUUCUAUAUAAUAAUAGAAUAAUAUUCUAUAUCGUUGAUCUCAAUUCAAUUUUAUUACUUGGUCAUUAAAUUUCUCCUUCGUCCCAAUUUGUAAUUGUAAAAACAUAUUCUGGCCAUAAUUGGACCAAACUCUUCAUGACAGAACAAAGUGUGGAAGUGUUAUUAUAUACGUUAUAUUUUAUUAGAAGUUUGACACAAUUUAGAUAUGAUUUUUAAUCAAAUGUAAAAUAUGAAAAGGUUUAUUAUUUCGAUUGUAACCCUAAAGAUAGCAUGUAUUUGAAUAAAUGUAUGUUAUUACUUGAUUUUGUAUCCUAAUUGGCUAAAAUUGCCAAUCAUUUGCGAUUGGGAACGCGACAUAAGCUUGUAUUGAAUAAAUUCCACCAUUUAAAAACAAUGUACGAAGGGGAUUGUAAUAAAUUGAUGUCAUAAUUA